GCCGGGCCGGGCCGGGCAGGGCCGUACCACCGCCCCCCGCCCCCGCUGCCUGCCCGCCGAGCCCGCCCCGCGCCGCCGGGAGCCGGGAGCCGGGGCGGGGGUGCCGGUGGCGGCCGUCGGGGCGGCGCGGCGAUGGGCGGCGCGGCGCUGAGCGGGGCGCUGUGGCUGGGCCUGCUCUGGGCCGGGGCCGGGGCCGGGACCGGGGCCGGGGGGGGCUGCUCGGAGCGGUGCUGCGAGGGCCGGGACGCCGCCUGUGUCAGCAGCGGUUGGAGGGAGGACGGCGGCUACGGCAGCUGCUACUGCGACGGAGGCUGCCGGCGCGCCGGGGACUGCUGCCACGACCACGGCCAGGCGUGCCCCGCUCUUCCAUGCGUUGUCGGGGAGUGGAGUCACUGGAGUGGCUGUGCAGAGCAGUGCAAACCCAACCUACGACUACGUAGGCGCUACAUACAACAGGAACCUAAAAACGGUGGGGAACCUUGUCCUACUCUGGAGGAGAAGGCUGGCUGCCUGGAAUACCUGACUCACCAGGGACAGGACUGCGGACACGAACAUGUCCCUGCUUUCAUAACUACCUCUGAAUAUGGUAAAGAAAGAAAACGACAAGCAGCAUCUUCUGCCUGGUCCUCAGACAAAGAAGAAACUGGUUACUGUGUGGAAUUUAAAACUGAAUCACUUUCACACUACUGUGCUUUGGAGAAUCGGCCGUAUGCUCGAUGGAUGCAGUACCUGCGAGAAGGUCAUACUGUAUGCGUAGCUUGCCAGCCUCCAGCUAUGAACACUGACACUCAUCGUUGUUCUGGAGAUGGCCAUAAUGCAGAUGGAGGUAAAAUCUUACGCUGGGAAGCAGUUGGCAACUCUCGGUGCCAAGGAACCUGGAAGAAGAUUCGGCAACUGGAACAGUGUUCAUGUCCCCUUGUGCAUAGCUUUAUUUUUACGUAAAAGUUUAGAAGACCUUUAAAACAGCAACAACAAAAAAUGAGAAAAUUAACACCAAUGCCAGGAAACCUGCAUCUUUCUGCUGUAUUUUGUGGAGCCUAAAUGAACUUUAAAGGAGUCAAACUUUUGGAAGAAGUAUUUUGGGCAAAUCUCUUUGCCUGAAUACAAAAUGUUAAGACUGAUCUUUGUACUAGAAUGCUAUAAGCAAAUUCCUAUGUUUCUGUUUGUAAUUAAAGAGCUAAUGUUUGUAACCAUAGUA